AUGGAGGGGACGGGCCGUGUCUCUCCCGGGGCUCGGGCGGGGGUGGUGGUUUCGUUGCGUUCCGGCGCUGCACGGGAAGGAAUCCAUGCCGGGGCUGGAGGGCUCCUGGGGCUGGUGUUAGCCACUGGGUGUCGAGACCCUUCAAAAACAGAGCUUGGGGGGCAGCGAGUGAGCGCUCAGUCCGUGCUUAGUCCUGGAGUCAUGACUCGAACUCUGCUCAAUGCAGGUUUUAAAGUGGUAGCUCUGGAAAAUAACACAACUUUUCUUCCAGGCUUACAGUCCCUAGAGAACAGCCUGGAUGGACAGUUAAAGGUGAUUUAUGGUGACUUCUUCAGAUUGGAUCCUUUGGUGACUGGAGUACUGAAACCACCUGCUAUGACUUCUGAGACACUUUUUGAAACCAUGGGUAUAGCAGCAGUUCCUUGGAGCGCAGAUGUGCCUCUGAGAAUUUUUGGAAUCUUACCACAAAGAGGGGAAAGAAACAGACUUUGGAGGCUUCUUUUCGCCCUGUAUGAAUGCAAUUCCAUAUACAGAUACGGAAGAAUAGAACUCAACCUCUUCAUGAGUGAAAAAGAGUACACGGCUUUAACAGCAAAGCCUGCGGACACGAAGGCUUAUCAAGCACUUUCUGUACUUUGGCAAAUAGGAUGUGAAAUUCAGCUACUGCACAAGGAACCUUGGUCAUCAUUUGCAACUAAUUUGAAAAAUGGAGCACUAGCGGUACCAAAAAGCAUGUGGCUGCCAAAUGACCAUUUAUGCUUGGUACAACUGACUCCACAGCAAAAUCUGUUUACAGGAGUCUUGAAGCCAACAAAUGCAUCUACCUUUGUUUUCCUGGUAAAACAGUGUCUUGCUAGACCUAAGUCUAGACUUAGUGAUAGAUUAAAUUCAUGGAGCUUGGACAGUACUGGCAAAUUACUGAAAGCACUAGAAAUUCCAAAAAAUGCUACAAUGCGUGACUUAUAUCCAGAAGACUAUAAGCGUCUCUUUGAGGCUUUGCAAGACUCUGGUAUGUUUACUGAAACCUGGUUCCAUGAUGAAGUCUUGGAUAGUAUAAGGACAAUAAACUUAUAA